CUUCUUAUUAUGAUAUCCACUCCCAUAAAAUCAGGAGCCCAAAAGAAUGGCCGCUGCUACUUGCUCUCCCCUCUCCCUCUCCCGCUGCUCUCCUCCCCUUCACAAAUCUUUUCUUACAUUUAGACCCCUCCCCUCCUCCAAAUUCAUUCUCCAGUCCCCCAAACCCUCCUCUUUCAAAAUCCUCGCCUCUUCAUCUUCUGUCUCCUCCAAGACCGGAAAAGGCGACCUUUUGUCUUCCGUCCUCGACUCCGCCGUUGUUCUCGCGGCUUCGAUCGCCAUCUCGAUCGGCAUCUUCGUCGCCGACGUGGGCCCCGCCUCGGCGUUCGUGGUGACGCCGCCGAGGAAGUUGCAGACCGACGAGCUCGCCACCGUCAGGCUUUUCCAGGAGAACACGCCGUCUGUGGUUUAUAUAACCAAUCUCGCCGUUCGGCAAGAUGCAUUCACACUGGAUGUCCUGGAGGUACCCCAAGGGUCGGGUUCAGGGUUUGUUUGGGACAAACAGGGACACAUUGUGACCAACUAUCAUGUUAUCCGUGGGGCAUCCGAUCUCAGGGUCACUCUUGCUGAUCAAUCAACAUAUGAAGCAAAAGUUGUUGGAUUUGACCAAGAUAAGGAUGUUGCUGUCUUGCGUAUAGAAGCGCCAAAAGAUAAAUUGCGACCCAUUCCAAUAGGCAUCUCGGCGGACCUCCUAGUUGGUCAGAAAGUUUUUGCUAUUGGAAAUCCAUUUGGCCUUGAUCACACACUUACAACAGGUGUUAUCAGUGGGUUGCGCAGAGAAAUAAGUUCGGCUGCCGCCACUGGACGACCUAUACAGGAUGUUAUACAGACCGAUGCAGCAAUUAAUCCUGGGAACAGUGGUGGGCCAUUGCUUGAUAGUUCUGGAAGUUUGAUAGGAAUAAAUACAGCUAUAUACUCGCCAUCUGGAGCAUCAUCGGGCGUUGGCUUCUCGAUUCCAGUUGAUACUGUUGGCGGCAUUGUUGAUCAACUUGUAAGAUUUGGCAAGGUUACAAGACCUAUUUUGGGGAUCAAGUUUGCGCCAGAUCAGUCAGUAGAGCAGCUUGGAGUCAGUGGGGUGCUCGUCUUAGAUGCUCCUCCGAAUGGUCCAGCUGGCAAAGCGGGUUUGCAACCAACCAAGAGAGACUCCUAUGGCCGGCUAAUCUUGGGGGACAUCAUAACAUCUGUUAAUGAUAAAAAAGUCUCAAGUGGGAGCGACUUGUACCGAAUUUUGGAUCAGUGCAAAGUUGGCGACACAGUGAUGGUUGAAGUUCUUCGAGGUGAUCAUAAAGAGAAAUUGCCGGUUGUCCUUGAACCAAAGCCGGAUGAAUCAUAGUAGCCAUAGGUCACAUUUCAGUACAUGUUCCACUCAUUGAUAGAUUGUAUAUAGAGAUGCAUUUGUCCAGGAAAUGUCAUCAAUGUAUUAUGUGUUAUUUCGAUGCAUUUGUCGAGGAAAUGUCAUCAAUGUAUUAUGUGUUACUUCGGUGCUUCUAAAUGAAAAGGAGGUCCUUUGUACAUUGAUAGUACGAGGUAUAGAAGCCUCAAAUGUGUAUCGAACUGGUUUAUUGGAGUAAAAUCCCUUCUUAUUGA